CUCUCUCUCUCUCGCAGCACAAUUCGUAAUAAUUUUUUUUCGCUUUCAUUUCCACUCAUGAAUUUUUCCCUCACCUUAUUAUUCUUUCCUCUCUAACCUUGCGAUUUUUCGCUUUUUUUCUCCCUUUUGUGCGCAUUGCAUAUUGUAAACUUCACAAGAGUGCUGAGUGGCUGUGAGGGAGCGAAGUGUGGAGGAGGAGGAGAAGGAGGAGAAAGAAGAGGAGGAUGAGGAGUAAGAAGGACACAAAGGAACAUCAAGGAAGGACAAACAACAGACAUAGUAGGACUGUUUAUGGGGGCUAUACCAUACCAGUGAGAUAAGUAGAUAGUAUACAAGAAGGCUUCUCCCCACCUACCGCUUCCUCCAGUCAGGGCUCGUAGGACAGGAGGAAAUACUAUGUACUGUUGAGGAAGUGCAUAGGAAUUUUAAAGGAAAGAUAUAAAAGCUAUCAUCAUUGGAAGAGGAAGAGGAGGAGGAAGAGGAGGAGGAGAUUACUGCAACCAAUAUUAACUUCACAUCCUCUCUUUGUUAGUGUUUAGAAUUGCUGUUUUCUAUUUCCUAUUUUAUUUAUUUAGUUAUAGAUGUAGUAUAUAGUGACUUUUCAACAGCAGAAGCAGUAAUUUUCAGCAGCAAUAAUAAUGGUAAAAGCUUUCCUCAGUAGCAACAAUGGUAGUAAUAAUUGUUGUUUUCAGUAGGAAUAUUCGUAAUAUCUCACUAUCACUAGAAUUCCUCAUCUGCACACAUUCACACUUGUCAUACAGAGGACACCACCCUGCCAUGUAGCGUUGAGAGUGCGUGUGCUGUUGUGCUGUUGUGCUGUGUUGCGUUGUGUUGCUGCACAAGGCUUGCGUGCCGCUGCUGGUCGGGUCAUUUGGCGGAUUACGAGGAAAAGAAGAAAGAGAGGAUAAAAAAAGAGUUGUGGGCGAGAGGAGAGCGAGAGGGACCAUGACGGAGGAGGAAUGCUACGGGGACGAGAAGGAGGACGUGGGAGAUCUGUACGCCGCGGUCUUCUACUACGUGUUUCCAGCGCUCGUGGUGACAGGAAUCUUCACCAACACCCUCAACCUCAUUGUGCUCACCAGGCCGCUCAUGAGAGGAAGGACUUACAGGUGGCUCCGCGCCCUGGCCUGUGUAGACCUGUCGCUGUGUGUGCUCACGGUGCCGGUGUGCUUGGCCAAGGGGGGCAUCAAGCCGCUGCGGUCCCAGUUCGUCGCGGGCUACUACGCGCACUUCGGGUGGUCGCUCAGCAUCGCCUCGCAGAUCCUCAGCUUCUACCUGAUGGGUAUGUUCGCCUUCGAGAGGUUCCUGGCGGUGUGUCGCCACGACCUGUACCCGCGCAGCCAGACGGACGCCGUGUUUCGGGGCGGCGUGGUGAGCGCCACGGUGUUCGUGCUGCUGCUCUACGUGCCCACCAUGGCCGUGGGGCGCGUGGAUGCGGCUGAGGACCAGUGGAUGCCCCGGGACGGCUACUCCAUGCAGGAAUACACUUGGUACCCCGCCUAUGCCUGGCUGAGAGAAAUAUUCUCCCGCCUCGUGCCCGCCAUCCUCAUCACCUUCUGCAGCGUGCGCAUCACGCUGCGCCUCAAGCACCUCAGGAACAUCCGGGAGGGGUUCGGGAGCGGGGUGCCUGCCGCCAGACGGGAGCGGGAGCGGCGCCUGGUGCUGCUGCUGUUCUGGGUGACGACACUGUUCUACAUCUUCAACACGCCCGUCACCGUGUACUACCUGGGCUUCCUACACACCCAGCGAUUCUGCGGCAAGGAUAUGUCAGCCAGGUUGCUCACCUUCGCCGCCAUCUCCAACUUGUUGCAGAUGCUGGGCAACAUCUCCAACUUUGUGCUGUACUUCAUCAUUAGCCAGGAGUUCCACAAGACGCUUUGCAACCUCCUGGCCUGCAGGGACACGGGGCGCGGUGGGAGCCUCAUGGGGCACUCCGUCAAGACCUCCAACAUGCUGCCAUCCACCACCGCCGUCAUCACCGCCGCCACCAUCAUCACCAAGACCACCGAAGACGAGUCCCACACACGGCCAGACUUGGGCUACCAGCAGGAGCUGCCUGACGGCGCCGCGCCUUUCAACGGCACCAACAACUUCUCGAUGCUGGAAGCUCGCUAGCCAUCCCCAGGAAUCCGUGCGUGAAGCAGGAACACGACCUCACAGCGCCGCGGCUCCACGCCCCGCACAGCCCUGACCUCACCGCAGGAGGGAAGAUGGCGUGUUAGCUGUGAGGUCCGCGUGCUGUGCUGUGUUGUGUUGUGCUGUGUCAAGGUGUGGGGGGCGUCAAUACGCAGCACACUCACGCACUGACGCCCUCACUGUACACUGUUGUGCCAGUUUGAUCAAGUACAAAGUAGUAAUGAAACAAAUAACAACAUUGCCUACACAGGCACAAUGAUUUCACAAAUAUAUUCCAUAAAUGUGUAAUAAUCACACAAAUAUUCUACUCAGUUCUAUUUAUAAAUAUCAUAGUGUUUUCCUAGCUCUCAUAUGUAAGUAAUAUUUGUUUUGAAUGUAUUAUAAUUGCAAAAAAAGUAAUGAAAACUAUAAAA